AAAAACUCUUUAAUUUAAUUAAUCAAUUAACUGAAUACAAAAGAAUGUAUAAACGGCUUAUUUAUAAUAAAACCCAAAAAUCAAAAUAAACAGUAAAAUAAUCAUAUAAUUAUCUAAAAUAUAAAUAAUAAAUAAUAUGGAGGAUAAUGAUUGAAGAUAUUUGAAAAUUAUCCUAGUUACGCGCUGCAGUGUAUAUAAACUCUCAAUGGAUAGUUAUCAAAAGAGUAUGUAGCAAAUAGAAAAGAGACGAGACAAUUCAAUGGACGUAACGUUACCUCAUCAUGUGGUAGAAGAUAUUCUUGAACGACUUCCUGUAAAAACACUCCGUAAAUUCAAAUGCGUUUGUAGCACAUGGAGAUCCACUAUAGACUCACAACGUUUCAAGGAUAGACAUAUGAUUCAUGGACAACUACUCGAAGAUCCCGAUAUCCUCCUUCUCGGGCGUUGGGAUCCUCCCAGUCUAUCCAAAAACGCUUCUCUAAUGACAUUGACGUUUGACUCAUCGACCAUGCCGUUUUCUUUCAAGAUUCAAACUAUACCCGGAAAAGCCAACUUUUACAAAGUCACUCAAAGUCACUCAAAGUCACUCAAAGUUGUGACGGUCUAUGAUUCGAACAUGGAGGCUACUGGUUUAGUGCUAUAUGAUAUGACUCAAUCAGAAAGAACAUUUGCUAACUUUUGUUUAUCAUUCAAAAACAGAGAGACACCCACUGCUUAUUUCCCAAGCUUAAUCACUAUUUAACUUUGACAUAGUUAAUUGAUAGUCUUUGUAUUUUUUUUUUAAAGUUAUACCUUCUGUUUUUUUGUUUUUUCAUAGAUGAGAGAGUGAAAAAACAAUUUUUG